AUGAAGAAAAUACGUGUGCAAAAAUAUGUAAUACCAUAUCUCAGGUCACAACAGCAAGCAGUCAUAGAUAAAGUAGUCGAUAGUCUUUUUAAUAGAUUACCAUUCUUACUUGAUCAUGAUAAUGAUGUAAACUUAAAAGAUAUUCUGGAAAGAACUUCUUUUGUACCUAUUGGCACAUAUAAAAUGUCUCAGCAGCAACAAAUGCCCGCUAGACGUGAUAUUGUUGAACUUUCCGUGGAAUAUACGCCUUUAUUUAAAGCCAUAGGAGUUCGAAAUGAAAUUGGAAACAUGGAUUUGAUAUUGAUUAUUAAGAAUAUGGUAAAGGACAAUAGAGAUAGAGUAUUCUCAGAAGACAAAAUAGAAAGGAUUAUUAAAUUCUUAAAGAGAUAUUAA